AUGGUUCUGGCAAGGCAGUUGGCAGAGCGCCUUGGUAUCGAGCAUAGACCCUGGCAUACGGAGCUCAUCACAGGCCAAGUGCGAGAGGCCGUUCAGAUGGCGGAUCUGGACGAUAGGACGGUUCGUUUGAAGAGCGGGCGAAUUGCGGCUGAAGACGAGGUGAACGACAAGGUCCUUGAUAAACUGGUGAGUGAACUGGUGAUCUAUAGGGCGACGGUCCUCGAGGAGGUGAAGAAGUCAAUGAACCCAGAUCGAGCCAAAGAGGCCUUUCCGCAGAUGGUCAUGAAGGAGCUGACAAGGAAAUUGGAGCAGAGUGCACCGCCUGUCCGGAGGGCGCCCCGAUGGCUGGGGUGCUUCGUGGCUCCAAUGGAGACGCUGGUGAUCGAUGCGGCAACGCCUCUUGAGGUGAGGGUGUGUGCAUGGUUUAAGCUCAUCAAGCUGUGGGGUUCCUUGAGGUUCGACGAUGCAGCGCAUCUGAAGACUACGGAACUCCGCUUUUAUGAUGGACAGUUGGUUGGGAUGAUGCAUCAAACCAAGACAACUGGUGCCGGCAAGCGGGUCCGAGAGCUGCCGAUUUUCAUUGCGAAGGACGCCUAUGUGUUGCAUGAUGAUUGGCUGGCAGUGGGCUAUGACCUGGUGAAGCUGAAGAUGCCAAGGGAGCGGGUGUUCGUGUUUCCUGAAGGGUGCUUUUAUGGCACGGCAUAUGGGACAGCGCCUGUCUCGUAUGCUGAGGCAGUGGCUGGGAGCUCAAGGACGUUCGCGCUGCUGGAGGGCUAUGAUGGUGGGUUGAUCCCAUCCGGAUGGGAGGGGUUUUGGUCAGAGCACAGUGAGCGCGCAACAAUGCCCAGCGGUCUGGCCGCACUGGGCGUAGAGAAGUCAGACCUGCUGGGUCGUUGGUGUCCGGAAGGCUCGGACGUUUACGUCCGGACAUACAACACGAUAGUCAGGAAGAUGCAGAAGAAGAUCGUUGCAGUGUUGCGAGGGGAGGCCGCCUAUGAAGAGCUGGACGAGGGCUCCAUUCUGGAGGGGCUGCGAGGCAAGUGGACAGUCCCAGAGGAGAGUGUUGUGGAGGCAUGGAAGGGGAAGCUGGGAGUGAAGGGAAUGCAUGUGUCGGAUGAGGACACCACGAUCUAUGAUGGUUCCCAAAGUGAAGAGGAAGCGGCAGCUCUGCAUCAGAAAGACCCGAAGAGGAGGAAGAUGAAUGACCCCUUGGAGGAAGAGCGUGAGGGGAACUACGUGGUGGUGUACAGACGAGCUGGUAGAGGUACUCUGCACCGGCUUGGAGUGAAGGGCUGCUGGAUGGCCAAGAAGCGUUUCUUUGUCAGGUCUGAGAUCCACAAGGAGCUUCCGGAGCCGGAAGAGUACACCCUCCGAUGCAAGCGGGGGCAGCGAGCUUGGGGGCGGAGCGCAGCAGGCGCAAGGCCAAUACCAGUGGAGGAGAAGGUGGACAACGCUGUGUCCAUAGGGAGCAUCGCACGCUUGGAAACCUGCUCGGUUCAGACAGGCGGGGCGGGGGGCGCUCAUCGGUGGGCGCUCGGCAUGCCGCGUGCGGUCAUCUCGGAGGCUGAGGGUAACAAGGCAUUAGAACUUGCAGGCACUGACAUCAAGUACCUCUUCUCAAGACAUGAGGUGAGUGUUGACAAUCAGAAGCUGUUCUUUCAUCAUGGAGUGACAACCUUAGAGAAGCUGUCGAAUUUUGCGAAAGACAGAGAUGACUUGGCAACAGUUCUCAAGGAGCAUUGGGAGUUGGAUUCGGACAGGUCAUUGGAGGAGCGAUUGCAAGUGGCAGCAAUCACAUGUGCCUUCAGCAAUGCAAAGACAAGAAGUCAGAGAGCUGCAGAAGUCGACGCAGAGUACGACACGUCCCAGUGGGCCAGGCCAGUGGUGGCAGGAGAAUGGGCGGCGACGCGCUCAGCAUUGGAGAAGAAGUAUGGCCACCUGGAGGACAAGAUUUAUCCUUCGAAAGAAUUCGUCGAGAAGAAGUUGGCGGAGGUUGAAAGCGGCGAAUACCGGGCUGAAGAGCUGGCAGAAGUUGUGUCGAAAGAAGAAAUCGAGCCCGAUGGAGUCGUGCCCAUUUGGGACUCCAAGGGCCGAUUGGCCAUGCGCAAGGCAUCGACAAAAGUGCCCGAACCAGCGAACGCUGAAGAACUCAGGCGCCGCUUGACGAUCUGGAAGAAUGCGAUGGUCAUGAUCUCACUGAAGCACUCGAAUAGACAUGAACUUCAAGGAGCCUGGGAGGAGACGAUUGGGCAGUACAAGGAUUACCUCUUGGGUGACUAUGUGUAUGGGCUCAGUGCAAAAGACGCAGAAGGCCAGACAUUUGCAGCACCACCUUGGAAGUUGAUCAUCGCCUAUGAGCGGGCCAUCCGAAAGCAGGCGGUGAAGAUCACCAACACAGAAGGCAAGCCCUUGACGGUGGCACUCAAAACGGCAUGGAAAGAUGCCACGGUGAAGGAGAGGAACUUCACGACACCUUUGGCAUUGUAUGCAAAGAGGCAACGUGUUGGCUUGAUGGAGCAACCGGAGGACCUUGGGAGGACCAACUAUGAAAGGAUUCCGGGGCAGCUACCUGCACCCAUGUGGCAGUUUGCGCAGUUUCAACAGUUGUUGGAGAUCCCGGGUGUGCAGACGGUGGUAUUUGCUCAGUCAGAUUUUGGUACCGAGAGGGCACGGUCCUUCGAGGGCGUGCCGGUGGAAAGACGUUUGGGAAGUGUUGAGGAUGUUGAGAAGGAGGCUUUCCGAAUGGCGAGAGGAGGAGAGGCAUUUCAGUUGGUCCGUGAUGAGGGCUUUCUGGAGGAGAUCAGGCAAAUAUUGGCCGAGUGUUUGGGACAGCCCUUCUUCUUGGACCUCAUGAAAGGCAUUCUUGAGAAGGCGGAGGACCCGGAUUGGGAGUUUUUAGAGCAGGCAAAGACCGGGUUCAAGUAUUGUGCGGAGGAGCAGGGUUUCCUGGCUUGUAAGGCUUCCACCAGUUCAAAUACAGUUUAUGUGAACAAAGUGGGCACUUUCGGAGUGGCAUCAACACCAUACUGGUGGGCAAGGUUGAGCGCAGCAUUGAUGAGGCUUGUCUAUUGGGUGUUAGGUGACUUCUUCCCGAACGACACGCUGCUGUACGCGGACGACCUUGAGGUAUUGACAAUAGGUCGUUGGGGACGCAUUGGUGGUGUGCUGGCCUAUUCUGUGAUGGCUUCCCUUGGAGCACCUUUCAAGUGGGCAAAGCAGAGGGGCGGCGUUGUUACAGAAUGGAUUGGCCUCACCACGGAUUACAGUGCUUUCUCCAUGGGCCUUUCCUUGAGGAGAGCGAGCUGGCUUGUUGACUGGAUUGGCUCCUUGAGGGAGAGAAAGGAGGUCACUUUCCGUGAGUUCUCGGCUGGACUCGGGAGGUUGGGCUUCUCGGCAUUGGCCCUCCCUUGGGAAAAGCCCCUACUUGGACCCUUGUACACCUGGGCCUCAGCUAUCCAAGCAAACAAGGGUGCAAUGACCAUCCCUUGGGCGGUGCAGUUCAUCCUGGACUGGGUGGCACAGAGGCUCAAAACAGGGGGUCACAUGGAGAUAGUCAAGAGGCCUCCAUCAUCAAGUGCCAAUACAGUCAGGAUCUGGACGGACGCUAAGGCAACGGAGCACCCGGCAUGGGUUGGGGGCUGGCUUGAGGAGUGUGAGGACAGCAUGAAGUGUCGCUGGUUUUCCCUACAGGUGACAGAAGCAAGCGCCCCCUGGUUAUUUUACAGGGGCAAGAACCCCAAGAGAGUGAUCGCAGCAUUGGAGCUCUUGGCAACCCUCAUCGCUCUGAAGUUGUGGCUGAAGAAGGCAGGUGACACGGCUGAAGUCAGAGCUGAGGCGUUCACCGACAACAAGGGCAAUUCGUUUAUACUCCAGAAAGGGCUUUCAACAAAAUACCCAAUCACCAUUUUGGUGAUUGAGGUGGCAGAGACACUACGGAGGUGCGAUGCCUUUGCUACACUCACAUGGGUGAGAAGGGAUGGCAACACUUUGGCAGACGCCUUGACGAAUGAGGAUUUCAGCUCAUUUGAUCCCCAAAGAAGGAAGGCGGUGAUAGAGAAAGAGUUGAAGUGGCAUGUCAUGGACGACCUACUGCGACGCAGUGAGAAGCUCUUCAACGAGAUCAAGGAGCACAAGAUGAAGAAGAACAGAGAAAAGCCGAAGUUGGACCUCACAAAGAGGAAGGCGAAGAAAUACUUCAGUCGGUGGAAAUCCUGA